AUGAGUCAGGACCGCCGCCUUCCCGCGGGGGGGGCAGAGCUGAGCGGGGGGGGCUGGCCCUGCCCGACCCCUCCCCAGCCGGGCCAGGGCCCCCCCGCAGUGAAUCAGCAGUUUGGGGGGCGGGUCCCGGGCCGCGCCCCCCGCCCCAGCUCCGUCCACCUUAAGAGCCGCGGGCGGCUCCACCUUAAGGCGGGGGAGGGGGCGCGCGGGGGCGGAUUCCCCCCCUCCCGCCGGUCCCGGGGCUGCAGUGGCGACAGCAGCGGUCACAGGAGCGGCGACAGCGACAUCAGCUGCGGAGCGUCAGCCCCGCCCGGCGCCGCCUCCCGCAGCCGCAUCCCGGGUACCACCCUGCGUCCCUGGGUGCCAUCCUGCAUCCCUGACAGCAUCCCUGGGUGCCAUCCUGCAUCCCUGACAGCAUCCUGCAUCCUUGGGUACCAUCCUGCAUCCCUGACAGCAUCCUGGCAUCCUGCAUCCCUGGAACCACCCUGCGCCACUGAGCAGCAUCCGGAAUCGCUGGGCACCACCCUGCGCCCCUGGGCACCACCCGGCACCCCCGGGUACCGCCCUGCACCACCGAGCCGAGUGCUGAGUCCUUGGGCACCGCCGGGCACCCCGGGUAGCGGCCAGCACCCCUGGGUGCCAUCCUGCACCCCUGACAGCGUCCAGCACCUCUGGGUACCAUCCUGCACCACUGACGGCGUCCAGCACCCCUGGGUACCAUCCUGCACCCCUGACCAGCAUCCUGCGUCUCUGAGCAGCAUCCUGAGUGCCUGGGUGCCAUCCUGCAUCCCUGACAGCAUCCAGCACCCCUGGGUGCCCUCCUGCACCACUGACCAGCUUCCUGCGCCCUCGGGUACCCUCCUGCACCGCUGGUACCCCCCGCACCGCUGAGCACCAUCCUGCACCGCGGGCACCGCCUGCCCCCCAGGCCGUGAGCAGCCCCCUCCUCGGGUGACCCCCCACGCCGCGGGUGACCCCCCGCAGCCCCCCAGCAGCAGCCGCCCCUUGGACGUCCCCCGU